UACGUGAUGUUUUGGCCCCAUUCAUUGUGACUUUUUGAUAAAGACCGGUAGUAAGCUAAACUUUUUAUUUUAUUUUAUUUUUGGCAAUGCAGACUCUCACGCCUCACGUGUACUGGGCCCAGCGGCAUGGAGAAAUAUACCUGCGAGUGGAGUUAAGUGAUGCACAGAAUUUAGAUAUUGGCAUCCAAGAAAACGCUCUCCACUUCAAGGGACAAGGUUAUGGAGCAAAAGGAGAAAAUGAAUAUGAGUUCAGUCUGGAGUUCCUGAAACCUGUGAAACCAGAGGUCAAACAUAAAUCUACGCAGCGUCAGGUGAACAUAACGGUGAAGAAGCAGGAGCACUGCUGGUGGAACAGGCUGACCAUGCAGGAGCGGAAACCUCUGUUUUUGGCCCCUGACUUUGACCGCUGGCUUGACGAGUCUGACGCUGAGAUGGAACUCAGAGAGAAGGAAGAAAGAAUAAACAGACUCAGCAUAGAGUCGAGGAUCCCCAAAGACCCAUACUUAGGCUUGAAAAAGGGUUAUCUCUUCAUGUAUAACUUGGUCCAGUUCCUUGGGUUCUCCUGGAUUUUUGUCAAUAUGACAGUUCGUCUGUUCAUCCUGGGGCAGGAUUCUUUCUAUGAUACAUUUCACACCAUUGCUGAUGUGAUGUACUUCUGCCAGUUCUUGGCUGUAAUUGAAGUGGUCAAUCCUGCCCUGGGAUUGGUUAAGACUGGGGUCAUGCCAGCCCUCAUUCAAGUGGUUGGGAGAAACUUCAUUCUUUUCGUCAUCUUGGGUAGCUUGGAAGAGAUGCAGAAUAAGCCUGUAGUUUUCUUUGUCUUUUAUCUCUGGAGUGCCAUUGAAAUAUUCAGAUAUCCUUUCUACAUGUUAACCUGCAUUGACACAGAGUGGAAAAUCCUCACUUGGCUUAGGUAUACCAUUUGGAUACCUUUGUACCCGCUGGGAGUGAUGGCUGAAGCUGUAGCUGUGAUCCAGUCUAUUCCCAUCUUUGAUGAGACAAAAGUCCUCAGCAUCCCACUGCCCAAAGCCCUGGGCGCCUCUCUCAGCUUCUCCUAUGUGCUUCAGCUCUACCUGGUGCUCAUGUUCCUGGGCCUUUUCCUCAACUUCCGCCACCUGUACAAACAGAGGAGGAGAAGAUUUCGUACAAAGAAGAGGAAAGCCAACUAAACUCUCUAUUCAUCUCCCUCUUGCCCCAUUCCCCGACCUUUUCUUUCACUUCAGUACCAAAAUCAUCCUUUUUUUUUAUCUCUCAGCUCUCACUUCAUCUCUCCAUUCCUCUCUUUCACAGAGCACUCAUUACUGCAGCAGUGACCACCGUCCCAUCUCCGACCAAACCAAAAAAAGUGCGUUUGUAUCUAUGUCUCAGAGAGAAACUCAGCUGUACCAUCACUUUCCUCUGUUUUGUCUGAAAAAGAGGCAUUCCUGGUACAUUAGGCUCCUGUAGACACUGGAUCAAUGGAUGGCAUUUUCUAAGCUCAUUUUACAGUACAUGCAGUAUGCUGACGUGUUUAACAUACAAUGCAUAAAGCAUUGGGGGACUUUUUUAUGCGGUGAGAUGACUCAGCUAUACAAUGUCAGUUAACAACAAAAUCCACAUUAAUUUAAUAGGAAUCCUUUUUCAGGUCAAACCUAUUCCUGGUCUAAAUUCCCCUUAUUCUCCAUUGAAAAUCCAUUUGUCUUGGAUAAGGUUUAAUCUGGAAAACAGGCCAAUAUUUUUCUCCUACUGGACAAUCCUCUGACUUGCGUUAUUCAGCAUGCUGGGAAAUCUCAAAUGCCUUACAGUGCAACAUCCCCAGGUAAAAUGACCAACCUGAAUACAGAAUCAGAGGCCACUCUCCUCUUUGACCAUUCCACCAGCCAAAUACUUACUGCAUCAUCUCUGCCGAACACCCCAGAGCCUCAGGGGAAGUGAAGUUUUUAAACAGUUAAGAGAAACCCUCUGUGGAGUACGUGUCAUGUUAUAUAAGGAAUAUGUGAAGUGUAGACAAUAUUGAAUGAUUCAUACUACUGAUAUUUGUGUUGAAAAUAAACUUGUAUUGUUGAAAAUAAAGCUUUCAAAGAAAUGGA